UGAAAUAACAAAAUAUACAGUAAAAAAAUACUGGGAAUUCAAGAUGCUGGUGACGAUCACGGCGAUGAGCAAACUGCACGUGUGUUAAAAUCUUCAGAUGUUUUCGUUUCUUACACAAAAAUUUUCUUGUGUUGUUGAUGGACAGGUUAAAACUGUGUAUUUUUGAUGUGCAUAAGAAAACGAAGUUUUUUUAUUUUUUUAUUAUUAAAUACAUUGAAUAAUAGAAAACAUUGAACGAAAAAUAAAGCAGAAUUACCAGAUCGCCAACAACGCUACAAGUCUGGAUCCAUCAUGCCAGAAAUACAUAUGACAUUUGAUGAAAUGUUAGACGAAUUGGGUGAAUUGGGAAAAUUCCAAAUAAUUAAUUACAUUUUAAUAUGUUUUCCUGUUGUAUUUGCUGCCGCUAAUAGUUUCACAUAUUUAUUUGUAGCUGGCCAAACUGAAUUUAGGUGUCAUGUUCCUGUAUGCGAUGAUGGUGGAUCAACUUCUUACCAAGAAGAUUGGUUACCAAAUGCGUUACCAUCGAUUACAAAAAAAUUCUACACACCAGCGGAUUGUGAAAUGUAUGCACCUGUGCCAAAUAUGACCGAUUUAUACAAUGGAACAUGUUCGUCAAACUUAUUCAAUCAAUCAAUUUUAGUUCCAUGCAAUGAAUGGAUCAGUAAAUAUGAUGAGGUUACCAUUGUCCAUGAAUGGAAUAUGUUUUGCAAAGACACCUGGAAAUUACCAUUUGUUGGAACUGUACAUUUUGCUGGAAUUGUAGCUGGUUCGGGAAUAUUUGGAUUUCUAGCUGACAGAUUUGGGCGAAAAUUGAUUUUUAUAUUUUGUAUUAUUUUAAUGAGCUUGAGUGGUGUCGCCCAAGUGGUAUGCCGUGAUUAUACGACAUUUGCGGUUUUAAUAUUUAUUAACGCCCUCGGAACAUCAGGCGUUUAUCCACUGGCGUUUAUUAUUGGAGUGGAAUUAGUUGGUAAGCAAAAACGAGAAUUAACAGCAAUUGUCUUAAAUUAUUUCUACACACUUGGAGAAGCAAUGGUCGGCGUUAUAGCAUGGGCAUUUCCAAAUUGGAUAGUUAUACAAUUAGUAUUUUCAGGACCACCAAUUAUUUUCGUUCUAUAUUGGUGGUUUAUUCCUGAAUCAAUUCGAUGGCUUUUAGCAACUCGACGAACACGUAAAGCAACAAACGUUAUUGAAAAGGUCGCUAAAACAAAUGGUGUUAUUUUAUCUGAUUCAAUUAUGAUGUCAUUGCGUGCUGAAGAAGCUGCAAAUAACGAAAAAUCUGUAGUAAGCACAAAAGGUGAUGCGGACCAUGAAAUAUGGCCAUGUGUUAAAGAAAUCUUAGUUUCUUGUAAAAUGAUUACUCGAUUCUUGAUUAUAUUCUACAUAUGGACAGCAAAUGUAUUUACAUUUUAUGGAUUAUCCGUGAAUUCAGUGAAUAUGAGCGGAAAUAAGUAUUUAAAUUUCAUGUUGACUAGUGCAGCUAGCAUACCAGGCUACACUCUCGCAUGGAUAUUAAUCCACAAUGUAGGACGUAAAUGGACCGUAGCAGGAUCAUUAUUUGGAUGUUGUCUUAGUAGCAUCGCGGUUAUAUUUAUUCCAGCUGAUUUAAAUUGGUUGAGAAUUUGUUUAUAUUUAUGUGCAAAAAUGUUUGUAACAUCUUCACUUGGGGUUUGCUACAUUUAUACAGCAGAAUUGUUACCUACAAUUAUUCGAAGUGGCGGAGUUGGUGCUGCGUCAACUAUCUCUCGGUUGGGGGCUAUGGUUGCACCGUUUGUUCCAUAUAUUUAUCCAAGUAUUACGUAUUUACCAAUGGUAUUAUUUGCUGCCAUAGCAGGUUUGGGUAGCAUUUUUUCAUUGUUUUUACCAGAAACUAUGGGAAUUCAACUACCAGAAACUGUUAAAGAGGCCAAAAGUUUAUGAUUUUGUAUUUUUUAUAUAAUAAUU